UCCAACACCAGCCAUCGCCACAAAAUCAGCUGAUCUCGUCUUCCAGGAUGAUCUACCAAGCAAUUGCAGUUCUGGUGGCCCUGGCCGUGUCACAGGCCCAUCCAAGCAACUAUGGCGGAGGAGGAGGAGGAGGAGGAGGAGGAGCUGUUUAUGCCUCUGGCCCCAUCCCCUACAAUUUCAACUACGCCGUGAACGACGCCUACUCGGGAACCAACUUCGGUCAGAACGAGAACUCCGACGGCAGCAACGUGUGGGGAUCCUACACCGUCGCCCUUCCCGACGGCCGCAAGCAACACGUCGACUACACAGCUGAUCACGGUAGAGGAUUCGUGGCCAAGGUCAGCUACUCCGGCAAGGCUCAGCAUCCUCAAGUCUUCGGUCCUGCCAUCACCUUCCCACAGAACGGCGGAGGAUAUCACUAAACACCUAUUAGCUUUUAGAAAUUCCAUACUUUCAUAUAUCCGAUAACACAAUCUGCUCGCAUAUAAUGCAUUAGAAAUAAAUGUAUAUAAACUAAAA